AUGUCUCCGAUGAGGCCCCGGCCAGACGUCUGUCGGACCACUUCAGCGAUUUGGAAUCGACAUCCUCCUUGUCCACCCCCGUAUCAGCCAAUGCUGCAAGCUCAUUUGAUCCGCUUGCACGAGCUGCCGCUCGCAAGACUAAGCUGCCCCGAGGCCGAAUCUCACCCCUCCUCCCGGCUGUUCGUUCCCGGUCCCUUCUCUUCUCCCCGUGCGGAGCAGAGCUACGAAUCCACCGUUGCCCCCGACAUCAUGACCCUGUGCUACGUCCACACUCCCCCUGGCUUCAAGCCCCCUCCCAAAGCGCCCCGUCUCCGCGAGUGGGACGACAGCUCACCCUACCACAAGAACCGUGUCCUCCGCGGUCCCCGUGGUGGUGAUGUCCUGCGCCUGCUCCGCAAGCCGAUCAAGUUCAACAACAUCCCUGAGAUCGAGCGCAUCACCAUCCACAGCUAUGUCAAGAACGCCGCGGCCGAGAACUCUACUUGGCUGCACGUUGCCGGUAUUGCCGUCCAGGCAAUCUCUAACAUGCGCGUUGAGACUUUCAAGUCCAAGUCCAGCGUUGCUACCUGGGGUAUUCACCCCGGUCGUGACACUGUUGCUGUCAAGGCUGAGCUGUUCGGUGAGAACAUGUACCACUUCCUUGGUAAGUUGGUCGAUGUGGUUCUGCCUCGCAUCAAGGAUUGGGAGGGUGUCAAGGGUUCCUCCGGUGAUAGCAGUGGCAACAUUACUUUCGGUCUGGAGCCUGAGAGCGUUGCUAUGUUCCCCGAGAUUGAAGUCAACUAUGACAUGUACCCCCCUAAGAUGAUUCCUGGAUGUCACAUCACUCUCCACACCUCUGCCAAAACUGAUAAGGAUGCUCGUCUCCUCUUGAGCGCUAUGGGCCUGCCUUUCUACGGAAAGAUUGUCAACUAA